GGGUUUUUUUUUCCAGAGCGCGUCAGUGUUACGGAGCGGAGCAGAAACCCACCUGAUGAUCUCCGGAUCAGUCCGCUCAGCGGCUCACCAAGUCCCAGUUAAUCUACCUCGAGUAACAAAGUUAGUCGCUUCAAACCCGUGCUUUCUACUUCUUUGUAACUCCACGUGUUUUAAAGAAACAUAGCGGUAGAUCUUUAGGCGUGUAUCUACUCAAACGUUGCACUACUUUCCUUUUUAGUAUUAUUAUUAUUUUUUUUAUAAUUUUUUUUCCUAAUUGCAUUGCACUUGAGCAUUUCUCUUGAGGAUUUGAGGAUGCAUACCACCCAAAAGGACACCACCUACACCAAGAUCUUUGUCGGAGGUCUGCCGUAUCACACCACGGAUUCCAGUCUGAGGAAAUAUUUUGAGGUGUUUGGGGAAAUUGAGGAGGCUGUCGUGAUUACGGACAGACAGACUGGAAAGUCCAGGGGGUAUGGUUUUGUGACAAUGGCAGACCGCUCUGCAGCAGACAGAGCUUGUAAGGACCCCAACCCUAUCAUCGAUGGCAGGAAGGCCAAUGUGAACCUGGCGUACCUGGGGGCGAAGCCUCGGGUGAUGCAGCAAGGAUUCACGUUUGGCGUACCUCAGAUUCAUCCGGCUUUUAUUCAGAGGCCCUAUGGGAUCCCCGCUCACUACGUAUACCCACAGGCAUUCAUGCAGCCCAGCAUGGUGAUCCCUCACGUGCAGCCAACCACCGCGUCAGCCGCCGCCACUGCCUCCUCGCCUUACAUCGACUACACUGGAGCUGCAUACGCACAGUACGCCAGCGCUGCCACUGCUGCCGCUGCCGCUGCUGCGUAUGAGCAGUACCCGUAUGCUGCCUCCCCUGCUGCAGCUGGCUACGUCACCACGGCCGGCUAUGGCUAUGCUGUGCAGCAACCGCUAGCUGCUGCCACUCCAGGCUCUGCCGCCGCUGCUGCCGCAGCUGCAGCAUUCGGUCAGUACCAGCCCCAGCAACUGCAGGCUGAGCGUAUGCAAUAGCAGCUUAUGGCACCGAUUUGAGGAAAAGCCAAUGCCCAGUGACAGCUCAUUGGCUGUAUAUAGGUGUCUCACCAGAGGGAGGAUAAUGUGAUGAGGAGGAUGAUUGAUGGAGGUGUUUAAGUAGGGUGGGAACUCCAUCGCUUUCCAACUUGCUGUGAUUAAACCAAAAAAAAAAAAAAGAAAAAUGUGAAAAAAAAAAAUUUCAGAGAAGGCGUAAAGACAGAGAUUUAACUUUUUACCAAUAUCAAUACUGUUAUUGUUACCUUUAUGCUUAAUAUUGAUGUAGUGUAUUUAUUGCUAAAGGAGAACGCAAUGACUAAUCACUGUGGCUUGGAGGUGUAGAAGAAGCCUUAAGUCCCGAUGCUGUCAUUAAAUAAGAAGACUUUUCAUCAUGAAGGACGUUAGAUGUCCGCACAGUGUUUUGAUUCUGAAGCCCUCUAACUUACAUAUUUAUUCUCAUUUUUGAGGGAUGUUUUUCUGUUCUGUCAUCUAAUGUGCAUUGCAAGGUUUUGUUUUCUGAUUAUCAGGGAAAUGGAGCAUUUUUCCAACAAACUAGUAAACUGACAAGCAAACUCUGCCAAUCAGGGAGUAGUACACGACUGUGGAGAAAUGGCAUGAAAGAAAAUGCAAUUGUAGCUUUGUCUGGCAUGUUCAGGAUUACCUUCUUUCCUGAUGCUGAUUGUCCCUCUACUCUGAUUCCCAAUUUGACCUUUUGACCUAUGCAAAGCAAAAACAGCCGCCAGGAGACAAAAACAAAGCGGCAAUUUCCUGCCACUCUCCUCUGAAGGACAACGAACAAUUUCAGAGCACGAUUAAAGGACAUUACAUAGUAUUAUUUGCCUUCCCUCUCACUCUCUCUCUUGCUUUCGCUGUCGCUCUCGCUCACACAAACGCACACAAACACACACUAACUUCCUUAACACUGGGGCAAAAUGUUAACUCAUCCACACAUUAUUGCACACAUCUACUAAUUCAUGCACUCGCAUUGUAUGAUAAGUCCAAACUGACAAAAGGUCAGAGCUGGAGACUUGUGAGUGAGGAGCAGGCAACAGCUGCUGUAUGGGGACAGAAAGGCUCACACGUGCGUACACACACAUACACACACAGAUUGCUCUGGAAAGAACGCAUCACUUGUGCUCGUUUGUUGAGCUGUCACAUUUUAAUCCCUGAGCCCGCUUGGGAACAUGUCCCUCUCCAGCUUUGUCAGCAGAUCCACCUCUGUCCUAGAGAGAAGGGCUGGAGGCUUAAACACAGGCUGAACUCCCCCGAUCCCCUUCCAACCUCACCCUCAGCACCACCGCAUCUCUCACUUAUGAGCAGCAUUUCUCUGGAAAGAACUGGUGAGAGAGUGAGACAAACAGACUUCAAACAAUGUACCAGUGAACUUCCAUCAGUCCACCAAAUGUUCAAAUCAUCUGUUUAUUUUUUUUUGUGUGUGUGUUUGUCUAGAGAAAUGUCUGUGCACCAGCAUGUCUUUCUUAGUGAGAGAGAAAUCCAUUCUCUGUUCUCUCAGAAAACCUAAUGUCACAUCUUUGUACUCGAAAGCAGCACUAAACCUGAGGGCUCCAACACAAGUAUGAGAGUUCACAGUGCCUUACAACUGUAAUGCUAUUUAAAGAGAACUGCUAUUUAUUUAUUUUCAGAGUUAUGCUGCGCUCUAAGGACGGCGACUUAGUGGCGGUACUGUAUUAAUAAUAAUGUAUUCAUCUCAUGGCAUAUUAUAAGUUAUUGAGUAGAUUUAGUUAUAGUAUCAUUAACAUACUCAACCAAAAAUGUUGAUUUAUUUAAGAUACAAUUCUGUAUGUGCACUGUACAUUUUUUUUUCUAUGCCUUCUGAAUUUUAGAGCAUUUCAUUAAAUAUCUGGUAGGUUAAUGCCUCAUGUAAGAUAUUUAUUUAAUGCAGGCAAGAGCUCUCUUUUUUUUUUUUGUCAUAUAUGGAGAACUGUAGAAAGUAAAAAAAAAAAAAAAAGAGAAAAACUUCUUGUAGAAAUUAAGCAAAAUGCUGCUUCUUACACUAGAAUGUAUAGUCCUUGUCAAGGUUCAAUAUCUGUGCUUCUACUGCUUUUAAUAUACAUCAGAUGGGCUAUUUUACACUGUUGGGAAUUUUUUUAUACUUGAACAAGGGAAAAUAUGAAAAGCAAUAACAAUAAGGAAAUCCUUUUAAGGAAGCAUUUCAUUGUCACUGGAUUUGGGCAUGUAAGGUGUUAUUUACUAUUUAAUGUAAAUCCAAAGGUUGUUUCAGUAAACCUAAUUUAAACCUUAUUUCAGAUUUUCAGCAAUAUUUACUCAAAAAGAAAAUAAAAGGUUCUAUAUUUCAACCUUAA